GUCGCUGCAGCGGGUCGCCUGCAGCCACUGCGCCAGGAAUCAAACCCUCCAAAAUACUCAUCAUAUCCCUGCAAAUUCAUUGACUGCAAGAAGAGCAGCAGACAGAACUGCUGUCUAGUUUUCUUCGCAUUCACGCCUGCUGUUCUGCACAGUAUUUCACGCUUUUCCAGAUAUUAGUUAGGCAGAUGAAGCGCGAAACUAUCAACUGACCUUUUGUUUUUAAUUCCGAUGCUUAAUUUGUGUUAGUGCGUCUCUUCUCGCGCAGUGUCGGUAGCGCACAUUGAGGUCAGUAAGUCACAUAUGAUGAACAUAUGAACGAGCUGUAAUACUGACACGAUUAUUUUUUACUGCGAUCAUUUAAAGCUGCAGAGAUGUCAGUCGUGUCCUUCCAGUGCCUGAUGUUUGGUUCAGUAUUUCUGGUUCUCGUGUGUGCCGAGGUUCUGAGUGCCGGUCCAUCACUCCUCCCCAAUCCUCUCCGCUCCCAUGGGCCAGUUCUGGGUGUUCCCAUAAGCUUUGAGGAACAUGAGGUCUCAAGGGGUCAUAAACCCGGAUUCAUGGAGAGUUCUCAGGAGAGCUCUGGGUUCUUCAGCGAAGACAGCGAGGAUGGCAAGAACGCUCACGCCAAUAACAAAGACAGUGGUGCUGACCCAAGUGCUGUGAAUGAACGCUGUCUGAUGCCCAAGAAGGUGGGACCUUGUCGUGCUACGUUCCCUCGCUGGCACUUUAACCCUGCCACUAAGAAGUGCGAAAACUUCAUAUUUGGGGGCUGCAAAGAGAACCUCAAUAACUUCUUAUCGCUGGAGGAGUGCGCCAAAGCUUGCCAAACAGUCUCUGAUUACAGCCCUUCAUCUCCAGAACCGUCAUCUUCACCACUUUCUCUGAGCCAAAAGCCCAGUGAGACAAACUCCUCUUCUUUGUUCUUCAUCCCUACGGCUGAGCCCGUGGACCCAGAGCAAUGGGAGAGUGAUUCAGAAUCUAGCGGCUUCCCCCUCCACCCCUCACCCGGGCCGUCAAGAGCAGGUGCUGAAGACCACGCCCAAUCCACAGCCACAGCAACGCCCUCUGCCCUCGGACUCGCCCGUCAGAAAGAACAAGAGGCCACAGCUGGGCCUGACAAACGCCUGGCGUCCCAGGACCCGUUUGAUGAUGAGAAGGGCCGUGCAGUCACUCAAGUGCCCACAGCUCCUGAAAUCGGGACCCUGCCCAGCCGGGAGCCCCUGCAGCCUGAUGUACCACACCGGGAUGAUUCUGAGGAAGAGGAGGAUGAAGAAGAGAUGGUGGUUUUCCCCACUGAACCGGAUGAGGAGGAAGACGACAACUGGCGGUACCUCACGCCGCUCACGACCGGGCCCUCGUCCUCCCCCGCUUCAGAUCUGCCACCCGUGGUCUUCACCGAAACCUCCUGGCAGGGGGCGCCGCUCACCACAACAGAGGAUGAGGAGGGGGCGGAGCUUCGUCACGGCGGCACCGAAUAUCUUGCAGAAACGGAGCUUCACGACUCAGAGCUGUCCCAGGAGGCCGAGCAGGUGAUUUGUGUUGACUGGAGCAACCUCGCAGGAAAGGGCUACGUUAUACUCAACAUGACGGAUAACUUUGACUGUGAUGAGUUUCGUAUGGAGAGUGGCGACAGACUCUUGGAGAUGCUGGAAAACACUUUCUCCCGAAAGAUGAACAUCCCACAAGGCUCCUGGCUCAUUUUCCUCAGCAAACCCACACAGCAGGACCACCAGCUCCUGAUGGCCUUAGCCAGCGAGCAGGAAAUCAUAGCCCCAAAAGACGUCCUAUCAAUGCUGGGGGAAAUCAGAAGAGGUCUAUAUGAGAUUGGAAUCCAGAAUUAUUCAACGGUAAACACGUGCCACUCGAGGCCCAGUCAGACCCGCAGCGACUACGGGAAGCUGUUUGUGGUUCUCGUGAUCAUCGGAUCGGUGUGUGUGCUCAUUAUUGCUUCUGGAAUCAUCUAUAUCUGCUGGCAGCGUCGUUUACCCAAACUCAAGAACAUGUCGCGAGGCGAAGAGCUCCACUUUGUGGAGAACGGUUGCCAUGACAACCCCACACUGGACGUAACCAGCGACAGCCAAUCAGAGAUGCAGGAGAAGAAACACAGUGCCAAUGGUGUGACGGCGGGAGGGGACGGAGGAAGCGGUUGGCAGGUGCUCGUCAAUAAGCCCGGGAAAGACGAGGAAGACAACCAAGAGGAAGAUACUCACCUUUAAUCCCGGGAACAAUCAGCAAACGGCAUGGGAAAGCAGCAUCGCAUUAAUGACUAUGGAGGCAGAAAACAUUUUCAAGCUUUUUCGAAACGUCUGCUGUUUAAAAUGUGAUGUCUUUUGGCUUGUAUGACGUUUUUCUUUAUCUGCAUCACUAAAUUCAAACGGACUAAAGUGCUUUAAAAUGCGACUUGUGUGAUAUGGGACAAUUUUCAGUGCAGGAGCUAACCAUUGGAAUUUAUUUAAAUCGAAUGUGUCAAACAAUCAUGUUUAAAAAUGUUAUAAGGAAAUUGUUUCUUGCACUGUUUAAGCAAUAGUUCACUCCUAAACAUGAAAUAUUUCGUUUUACUCAACCACAUGUUGUUCCAAACGGUUAAUUUUUCUGUGGAAAAAACCCCCACUAGAAUUUACAUACAAUUAACGGUUUAUAGUGACCACGUCAAGUUCCAAAAAAGUUGAAUAUUUGGCUUAUUAUGUGCUGUAUUACAAGACUUCUAAAGUCAUUCUGUAGCUUUUUACUAUUUUUUGUAAGAUACCCCUGAUGACCAAUGGCAGCGAACCUGACGCGAUCUCUAUUUAAAAAAAAAAAAAAAAAAAAAAAAAAAGUUGUAUGGAAAUAACUACAUUAAAGUUCUUAAAGGUGCAGUGUGUAAAUUUUAGCGGCAUCUAGCAGUGAGGUUGCAAACCGCAAGUGAUAUUAGAUAAACGUAGGAGGGCGCGUGUCCUAAAAGGUUGAAAACCCCUGACAAAGAGAAGCUACGGUUGCCGUCUGGCCGAUACAAGACAAAGAUGUCGUCUAAGACAGCAGAGAGUAGCCAGUCAAGCAAUGAGGUUUCUUUUUCUAACAAAGAACGGUCUCUGCUUCUAAUAAACCAGAUGGCUACUACUACUACUACUACUACUACUACUUCGUAUUCAAUGUAGUGACAAUGCAAGCUGCCUCUAUAAACAAGAACAUAGUGAUGAAGCACACUCUGUAAAGCAGUCCAUUGGCUUUUUUUUUUUUUUUUGGCCGAUUCGGCAUUGAAUCGGUGUCGGAGCUCGUCGAUCAGUCAGGCUAUCUGAUCAUUCUGAUUGACUGUUCAGCUACUGCCACCUGCUGGUACGGAAAGGCAUUUCUUCUUACGCAGGCACAGAAUGGACGUACUACUUGGCCAUCGGCUGUCGAGCGUCGGUUUGGUGUGUCGGCAACUUUGGACCCAGACGCUGCCGACGUGAGCCAACCCCGCAGUCUGCUUUCGUCGCCACUAGUUCGUCAGCGUCGGCUUGGUGUGCUUCGGGCUUUAGGUGACCCACGGUGUAUGAGAUAGAAAUGGCUCAUUCUAAGGUAAUAAAAACAUAACUGUUCAUUAUGUAAGGUCUUUACCACUGAAAACAUAGUUAUGUAUAUUUUAUUGCAUUUCUGUCAAUAGAUCCUCCUAAAUUUUACACACUGCACCUUUAAAAUGUUAUUUCAUAGAAAAAUGACCUACAGGUUUGAAACGACAUGAAGGUGAUUAAAUGAAUUUUCAUUUUUGAGUGAAUUACAGAAAAACACUAAUGUACUUGAAGACAGAGAAAAAGAUUGUACCAAGGAUUUUUUUGUUGUUUUCUUGAAGAUGUAGACAGUGUAUCUCUAAUAAUACACUAUAAUCAGUCAUUCUGAAUUUUACUUAUUUUAAUGCAAGUAUUUACUGUUUAGCAGGCUGCAUAUUGUGUUUUUACAUGCUGAAUGCUGGAUGGACGCCUACCUGCCUUGCUCUUUUAUUGCGCAUCGAUCGGAAUGGCUGCUCUGUACUGGAUUAAUGUCGCUAUUUGUUAAUUUUUUUAUAUAUAUAUAUUGCACCUUUAACGUUGCUCAGCACCAACGGCAUCCAAAGCAGAACAAGGUUCUUCUUACAAAAGAAUCUUUAAUAUAGAAAUGUGUCGAAUGGCGCUAGGUAACGAUUUCUUUGUUUUCUACAUGUUUUCAGUGUUUUUAAAAGCAAAAGAAAACGAUCAAAAAAGUGUUAAAUUAGCUAUCUUCAUGGUGGUUAUCUUGUUUAUGGUACAGUCUAUUUGUCACAAUAGAUAAAAAAAAGGCUAUUCUUUACUCAUUUUAAGUGCAUGAAACAUUGUAUAUAAGUCUAUGCACAUGUCGGGGGUCAAACUGAUUGUACACAAUUUAUCAAACGUGAACAGUUCUUGUUAAACAGAUUUAAAUGGUUAGUACUCCAGAACGCUCUAUAUAACGUACAUGCAUUUUUGUUUCUUUAAUAAGCCUUGAUGUAGGAGAGUUUGACGCCCGUGUAGAACGCUGUUGAAUGCUUCUGUUUUGUACCGUUCUGUCCUGGUACGAGAGCUAUUAGCAAAUUUGCACUUCUCCCAUUUUGAUUUUGUACCUCAAACUGCUUUAUGUAUCUGAUUGUAAGGAGAUUUAGAUCUCGUUGUUUUCUGGUAUUUUUAUGUUAUCCCAUCUCUUAAAAAAGCUAAAUAAAUAAAUGUUUUGAGAA